AUGGCGGCCGGCAGCGCCGCCCAGGGGCGCGACCCCGCGGGCGGGGCGGGCCGCAUUCGCGGCUUUGCCGCCAACGGCGCCUCUUCCAGCGCGCUCUACGUGGGCGACCUCGACAGGGGCGUGGACGAGGGCCUGCUGUACCACCUGUUCUCGCGGGUGGGCCCCGUGGCGUCCAUACGCGUGUGCCGCGACUCCGUCACGCGGCGCUCCCUGGGCUACGCCUAUGUGAACUACAACACGGCGCUGGACCCACAGGCGGCCCAAAAAGCCCAAGAAAAUUUGAAUUACACCGCUGUCAAAGGCAGGCCUAUCCGCAUCAUGAAAGCCCAAAGGGACCCUGCUGCAAGGCGGUCAGGAGUUGGAAACGUUUUUGUGAAGGGCCUGGAUGAUGAAAUCGACUCUCGAACGCUGCAUGAUACCUUUGAAGUUUUUGGCCCCAUCACAUCGGCGAAAGUGGCCAGGAACGAAAUGGGCCACCCCCUUGGCUAUGGCUACGUUCAAUAUGACUCUCCAGAGGCAGCGAUAGCGGCUGUGCAGCGGGCCAAUGGGAUGCUUUUGAAGGGCCGCCCACUCCAUGUGGCACACUACAAAGACAGAUCCACUCGGGGCGUUGGAAGGGGAUUCACAAAUCUCUACGUGAAGUCGUAUCCUGACGAUGUUAAAGAUGAUGCUGCACUGCGGGCAUUGUUUGAGCCGUAUGGCCCAGUUACAAGUGUGCACCUGGCAAAGGAUGAUGCUGGCAACCUGAAAGGGUUUGGAUUUGUGAACUUUGAGAGCCCUGAAUAUGCCGUCAAGGCCAUGGAGGCUUUGAAUGGCAAGGAGAUCGGCAAUGGGAGGAUGUAUGUUGGACCAGCACAGAAGAAAGUGGUGCGCCAGAAACUCCUUCGCGAGAAGUAUGAGCAGAUGAAGCGGGACAGGCAGCAAAGCACUCAAGGCCGCAACCUGUAUGUGAAGCACAUCAACCCUGAACAAAACGAUGAUGGGCUUCGACAAAUGUUUGAGAAGUUUGGCAGCAUCACGUCUGCAAGGGUGAUGACGGACGAUGCCGGUAAGAGCCGAGGCUUUGGCUUUGUGUGCUUCUCCACCAUGGAUGAGGCAACAAAGGCCCAUGGCGACAUGAAUGGAAAGAUGGUUGACGGCCAACAGCUCUAUGUGGCCGUUGCCCAGCCCAAGGAAGUGCGUCAGGCAGAACUCACCCGCCAGCGGAUGGCUGGCCUUGGGCUGGGCAUGGCCAAUGCUGCAAACCCUUAUGCACAGAUGGUGCCGCCAGGGAUGGUACCUCCACAAGUGUGGCCGCCCAAUGCUGCGGCACAUCCGUAUCAUGGGAAGCAUGGUGGACGUUAUGCAGGCAGGGGAGGCGGGUACCGUGGUAGAGGGGGCAGGGGCCCAAGGGGCCGGGGCCCUGGCAGGAUGCAUGGGCCAAUGGACGUGGAGGUGCACCCAGCGGGCAUCAAGCCGAUCAGCAUCGGUGACAUGGAUGGAAUGCCUCCUCCUGCUGUGGGGCUGGCAACACAGGCACUCGCUGCAGCAAGCCCCCGCCAACAGAAGGUCAUGCUGGGAGAGAGGCUGUAUCCGUUGGUGGCGGAACUGCAGCCUGACCGUGCAGCGAAAAUCACUGGCAUGCUCCUUGAGAUGGACAACGCUGAGAUCCUGCUGCUGAUUGAGAACCCUGCUGCAUUGUUGGCCAAGGUCGAUGAGGCUGUGACGGUGCUGGGAGAGCACGGCCUGCUGAAGGAGAAGGCAGCAGCAGCGGCAGCAGCAACAGCGGCAACUGAGGACGUUGCUGUCGGCGCUUGA